CAUGUUUUUAAAUACAAUAUGGCGUCGUAUACCGUUUUAUACAGUAAACAGUAAACAACUCUUGUCGAAGGUUUUCAUUCCAAAAGUUGUUUAUGAUCCGUACAAUUGAAUGGUGUCAGAAAAGAAACUACCAUCUUUCCGUCAAGUAAUUGUGGACGUCUUCUUUCUCAACCUUGCAGAUGAGGAGCUUUUGACGUAUGGUUGAGUUGUCUACGGAAAAAGGUUUUGGCCUCUGCUUGACUCUGGAAGUUUUCUGCUGUUGUAGAAGACAUCGGGAGAGUGGAUGAAGGAACGUUGGGAGCAUUGAGUGAAUUGUAUCGGAUUUUUGAAAUAUAAUUCUUCUCUAUCGUUUUUGUGGCUGAUCCUUUUCAAUGCAUAAGGAAGAGUUUUUAAAAAGCUAAGUGAUUUAGUGUUCGGCUUGUGAUUUCUGUGAGAAUGGAAGUCAGUGUUCUGAGUGCUGAAGACAGGGGAAAUGUAUCGGCUACUCUCUCCCAAGGAUGUUUUGCGGACACCGGCGACAAGACCACGGCCAUCAGUGAGAACUGUCAUGAUCAGAAUUUCCUGUCUCUCAAGGAUAGCUGUAGUGAUGAAACAUCGCCCAAAUUACAACACAGCAUUUUGUGUACAGGAACACUGAAUGUAGGGCAAACGAGGGAGUUGAAACAACAAAGUGGUAACAGCAGCAGGUCUGAUGUCACCCACACUCAGAAUACAGCAGCCUCGUGUGACUCUUCUGCUGCAUCUUGCAACGGGGCAGCUUUUGAGUCGCAGAACAUUCCCACGACUGACAUGGAGUGUGAGAUCACAGAGCUGGCAGAUAGGAGGAGUUUGUUCAGCAGCAAAGGUUAUGUGAACGGUGGCGACUCGGAGGCCCACGCUCCUGUGUCUUCGGGAAAGACAAUAGACAAUUGUUCCCUUUCUUUCUCCUGCAGCAACAACAAUUUAUCUGUGUCCAGUUCUAGUCAGGAGCCGGUGAGAGGGCAAGGGGGAAACAUCACGUCAGUGACGGCUGCUCUCACCCCAGAUGGUACUGCUAAGAGGUGUUCUCAUUCUCAGACACAUCUUUUGUUUCCCGAUGAAAAUUAUGCCUCGCAAAACAAGACGUCACACCAAAGGUUGUCGCUCACGGAAGAUGUCAGUGAUUCUGUGUCAGAAACCCAGCCAAAGAGAUCAAAUUCUUCGAUACACUCAGGGAAAGACCCAAGUCCCACAAAUGGGCCUAGUCAGUCAAGAAAUGUAAACAGGGACAGCCCAGGGAAAUGUCUGGAAAAAACAAUUGUACAACCUUCUCAGGAAGCUGGUGAGAAUGUGGAAGACACCUUUGGUUCUGUGCCGGAUGUUGGACUGCUGCAAGUAAAUUCUGGUGCUUUUAGACAUUCUGAUAACGCAAAAUGUUCUGCUAAGUCAAACGACAAUCAACAGCCAACAAUCUCUAGUGGUUGUCCAACGACAGCUGAUGGGGCUGACCACUGUACUAAAAUUGCCUCGUCUUCAGACGGGGCAGAAGGUGAGGGUAGAACUUCCAGCAAGUCUUUGCCAUCGUCUGCGGAGAACUGCACACAAAGUUCCUCAGCGGUAGGUGGUGAAAAGAAUGCUUCGGUUCCCUCCGUAUCUGAGACCGUGCAAGGUUCUCAGGGCAGCAGCGGUUAUCGCGUUCUCACCAAGUAUGUCUUUAUCAAGGCUCUGCCCAAACAGAGGAAAAAACAGAAGAAGAAGUUAGGAGUGUUGUAUAAGAAAGCUUUUAGACACUGUCAGGGGCUGAAGGGCUCUGAGAAAUCCAAAUCUGUGUUAAAAAAGAAGCCCAAAUCUUGUGCAGGUAAAGUGAAUGGGAAGGCUUCAGUGAACAAGCCUGUGAGUGCUGCCAUCUCCACAAAGACAAGUCCAGGUGAAAAAAUCCACAGCAGGACGGCAUUCGAGUCACAGGUGUCUGUCUCUGCUUCGAAGGCAGUGGCCGGAUCUCAGAGAAUGAAGAGAGAUGGUCUGAGCUCAAGUGUUUUUAGGGAGGGAGAGGUGCCAGGUCAAAACGGGAACAGCGCUAGGGAUGCCAGGAGACUCAACAGAGAGGCCAAAAGAAACGGGUCAGAAGAGUCUUUAAACAAUCCAUUAAGGGUGAAGUUCAAAGAGAAAGUUGCUGGUCGAAAAAGCAAGGAAAGUGGAAAGUGUGAGCGUAUGAAAAAUGUUAACGCAAGAGAAAGAAAGAAUAUGGAGAAAGAAAAAUCUCUAAAAGGAGAAGAAUUUAGUGAUAUGUGGACUAACGAAGGUCCAACCAACGAUGUGGUUGGUGUGGCUGAGGAUUUUGAGUCACUUUCAGAGGCUCAGAAGGUUCAUAAUCAUAAAGAUAAACACAUCAAAAGUAUUGGUAACAGAGAGAGGAAAAGGAAUAGGAGCAGAAAAAAGAGAAAAGAAGAGCAUAGAGCUAGGAAGGAAAGUGAGAGGAAGGCGAGAGAGUCCAUGGAGGGAGUGGUUGUGAAAGAGGAGAAUGAAGAUGAAGCUUGUGAUGAUGAUGGUGGCUGUGGGGGCAAUGAGAGAAGAGUGCGUGCCUGUGAGGAUGUAGACAUAGGGAUCCUGGGGAAGAAAACUUAUCGCAAGGAUCUGACCUUGGAGGAGAAGGUGUCAGUAAUUCGAAUGUUGGAGACACCGGGCACCAAAGUGGCAGAUGUGAUGCACCGGUAUGGGAUAUCGAGCUCGGCUAUUAAUCGUCUGAACCGGAACAAACACUUUAUCCUGUCGUGCUCGGCUAGUGGAGACAUGAGCGGCAAGCAGAGGAGAGCGAGAGAGUGCAAGGACCCGGAGCUGGACCGGGCGCUGUUGCGGUGGUACCGGGCCGUCCAGGCACAACGCGGCUCAGACGUGGGUUUUGCCGUGUCCAACCUGCUGCUCAAAGAAAAAGCCCGCGACCUGGCCAUAGCGAUGGGCAAGACGUACCAGCCGCGGGAUAACUGGAUCAUCCGCUGGAAGCACCGGCACAACUUGCUGUCCAAGGCAGGCCUGAUCCGCGACAAGGAGGAGCUGCGGCGGUUUGACGAGAACAUUGAUCUCGCGACCAUCCUAGAGGGCGCCGCAGCCCCGGACUUGACACUGGAGAUGCUGGAGAAGAUGAAGAAAGAUUUGGACUCAGUCAAACAGCAGGAGAAGCGAGAGGAGUUCCUGAUCUGCGAGCACUGCGGCGUGCUCGUCAGCAGCAAGAAGAAGAGGCGGGAGAACACGCACGUGGCUGGCUGCCCGGCGUCUGCCUUCAGGAAGGACCUGACCCUUGAGGAGAAGGCACAGGUGGUGAGAGCCCUGGAAAAGCCCGGGAUGACCAUGGUGGCGCUGGCCAAGAAGUACGGAGUCUCCUCCUCCGCCAUCAGCCGCAUUAACAAAAACCGGGUCGACAUCUUGGCCAGACGAGCCAGUGGCUGUUUCAACUCGACGAGAAGGAGAGACAGGGGGAGUAAGGAGCCCGAGGUAGAGAAAGUUUUGUGCGACUGGUUCCGGAUGCAGCAGGAGCUGGGGAUCCACGUGUCCGGCACCAUGAUCCGGGACAAAGCCAAAGACAUCGCCAAAAUUAUGGGCAAGGAUUUCUGGCCCUCGGACAGCUGGGUGUUUCGCUGGAGACAGAGGAACAAUGUAAACACUCUCAGCUCUUUUUUUGUUGAGUCGGAGGAGGAGGAAGACAAUGAGGAAAAGGAGAGGGGGAGGAGUGAUGUGUGCGAGGAGGGGGAUGUAGGACUUGAAGUUGUGAUGGAACCAAAGAUAGAGUGGAUGUGUGAGGGUGGGGAAGACACCAUUGUUCCCGCAGUUUCCUCAAAAAGGAAGAGUGAGGAUCAUCCUGAGGAAGGUACCAUGGAGAAGAGGGCCCGUUUGCCGCGGUCAGUGAUGUGUGAGAAGUGCGGGUUUGUCUCCUCCCGGCUCAAGAACAAUCGCAUCAAAGCGCUGCGGCAUGCCAAGGGCUGCCCGGACCUGAAGCCACGGAACGAGCUCACGUACGAGCACCGGGCCAAGAUGCUGAAAGCCCUGGAGGAACCUGGUGCAACACUCAGCUCGGUGGCUCGCCAGUUUGGCGUGUCUGUCUCCUCCAUGUCCAGGAUGAACCAGAAAAAGGAGGAGAUUUUGAACCACGGGCUCGACCACGGCAGCCAGAAGAGAAUCCGCGACUGUAAAGAGCCGGAGGUGGCCAGCCAGCUUUUCCAGUGGUUUAUGGAGAAGAAGGGGGAGGGCAUCCAUGUGACAGGGCCCAAGCUGAAGGAGAAAGCACGGAAGUUGGCGGCCGAGAUGGGCAGAGAGUUCCGGGCGUCCAGCGGCUGGCUAGGACGCUGGCGACAGCGCUACAACAUCGUGGGAACGUCGAGGCCCGGAGGGGAGAGAACUCAGAGACAGCAGCCGGCAGCGAGGAGGAAGAAGGGGAGGAAAAGUGAGGCGUGUGUAGAGGAGGAGGGGGAGGAUCUGGUGGAGCAGGCGGUUCUCCAUGCUGCCAUGCCGGUUGUCGGGGAUCAACUCUCAGGUGAGGACAGUGGCGUCGCGGGGACGGCGACGAUGGUGCUGGAUUCUCUCCCCUCCGUCCCUGGCCCGCUACAGGCUCAGGCACAGCCCGUCUUCCUCCACCAGCGGUUUCAGACCCCGUGGGGGGAGAUGGCGCAGCCGCCCCCCGCCCCCUGUCUGUGGACCAAAGAAUUCCUACAUUCGUCAGGGGUCUCGGCAACUGCCGUCGUGUGUCAGGAAGAAACCACUCCGUCAUUUCCGUACAUCGAGUCGACCGCAGGGCUGCCCGGCAGGACUGUAGUCCACAGCGUCAUCGAUUCUUUCUCUGGCAUGGCGUACCAGGUGCCGAUGGCCGUUGACCCGGGAGGGGGUAUGGGCGGCCGAGAAUUUCUCAAACCCGAAGACGACCCUCAAGAAAAGACCAUCGCUAUGGUGAGUCACAUCCAGCAGCAGAUCCCGGGCCACGCCCUCCCUCACUCGGCCGGCCCACACAUCCAGCACGUCUCACUUCACUCACACCCCCACCCUCCCCCACCACACACCUCUGCGAGCCAGCCCGUCCAACAGUCCCACAUUCCCACUCAGCAUCCCCCCGCUUCCACAGCUCACCCACCCUCGCACAUGCUCCCCUCCCACACCCACACUCAGCAGCAGCAGCACCAUCACCAGCCCCCGCCGCAGCAACAGCUGCAGCCCCAGCGGCCAGCCUUCGCUCCCUCAACCGCUCCCAACUCCACCACCUCUGCCGCUGUGCCUUCGCCAGAUCUGGGAGAGGAGGACCCGGAUCAGCGUCGCCAGGUGCUGGAAGCCUUCAAGAUUGUCAGCUCGUUUGCCCAGAAGAACUCGCUGGGAGACCAGGUGCAGGCCGUACUCAAAACCAUCGAGAUGUCUGUAAAGGGGCAGCAAGUCCAGAGGACCGACGCAAACACGUACACGUCGAUGUGAUAGACAGACGCACACACAUACACGCCUAUGUGAUAGACAGACACAAACACUUACAUACAUCUAUGUGAUAGACAGACACGAACACAUACACGGCUAUUUGUUAGACAGACACAAACAUGUACAUGUCGAUGUGAUAGACAGACUGUAACACAUGCUUAUCUAUGUGAUAAACACAUACAAAUACCUACACACACACACAUAUAUAUAUAAUGGACAGAUUGUUACUACUUCGUGUCUUAUGUGAUUGACAGCCUGUAACAUUUACACACGUCUAUGUAAUAGACUGACUGUAAUAUGUACACGUGUUUGUGACUGACAGAUUGUAACACGUGUAUGUGACUGACAGAUUGUAACACAUACAUGUGUCUGUGUGAUGGAUAUAGUGUGACAAAUACACAUCUAUACACUUCUAAAUGAUGGACACAGUGUAACAAGUAUACGUGUCAGUGGGAUAAACUGCAAGUUACAACAAUUGUGAGGCAUCGUGGUAAAAAUCAGGCACUCUUCAAAAUAAUGAAAUCAAAGAAACUGACAUUUUUCUGUCCGUGUUGCUAUUUUUAUAAAUUCUUUAUUUUUUAAAUCUUCAAUUUUCAUGUCCAUGUAUAAAAUUCCUGUGUGAAUUUUGCUUAAAAUCAUUUAUCAAAAGCACAAAAAA